UUGGCGUCCCCGCAGAAGUACUAAAAUGGGACCAGGAGGCCAGAGUUAGGUAUGUUGAGUACCUUAAGACAGGAACACAGACAGUACAUCACGCCCGGGGGAUGAUUGUAGGAUGUGCUGGGGCGGGAAAAACCACGCUAAUUAAACGUCUGCUUGGUUUUAGUGAAGAAGAGAUCAAGAAAGUAAAAUCUACGGAGGGAUUGGAGGUGCAUGAGGAAAUAUUUGAUAUAUGUGAUGAAACAAAAUCUUUGAAAGUAAGAAGACCUAUGGAUCACAGAUAUUAUGAAAAAAAUAAAACUGAUUUUGAAAAGAAGACUCUGACUUUGUUUGACUUUGGGGGCCAGUGUGCGUACUACGCCUGUCACCAGAUUUACCUGACCAGGAGAGCUUUCUAUGUUGUGGUGGUGGACGCCUCUAAACGUCUUGACCAGAAGGUGGAUAAGAAAGUGUGUGACCAAGGCGGUAGUGUUUUUUCUGGAUGGACAUAUGGAGACUACUUUGUGUUCUGGAUCAAGUCUAUACACACCUACUGUGGUUCUGAAAAUGACAAUGAAAAAGAUCAAAAGCCCAUAGUUAUGAUUGCAGCUACUCACUGGAAAAAAAGGAACAGACAGUUUAAGGAUAAAAAGGAAUUGAUGGAGAGUUUGCAGUGUAAGUUACCAGAGUCAUCUCGUUUAUCACAGUAUAUCGAAGAAAAUAACGUUUAUUGUGUAGAUUUAACGUUACCUCUCCAUGAUUUGGAGAAAAGCCUUUUCAACAUAGCUUCCGAUCAACGAUGGAGUGAACAAAUUCCAAAAGAGUGGUCUAUCUUUGGAAAAGAAAUCUAUCAGAAAAGAAUCUUACAAAGAAUACUGAAGAUUUUUGAAAUAACAAAGGAAGUACAAAAGAUUACAAAUAAAGGACAGAAUGUUCCUACAAAAGUUGAAAAGACAAAGGAAAACCUAGAUAUGCUAAGAUAUUAUCACGAUGCUGGGAAAGCUUUAUAUUUUAAUGAAAACGGACUGAAUGAAAACAUUAUUAUUGAUGUACAAUGGUUUAUUGACGCCUUCAAACAUAUCAUCACAGACGAGAUACAUUUCAGAGGUAUUCCUGGGACUCAGAGGGAGUGGAAUGAGUAUUAUAAUACUGGAAGAUUGCGAGACGGACUUCUGAUUGAGAUCUGGAAACAUAAAGAUAAAGAGUUGUUUGAUUCCUUAAAGAAACAAAAUAAAAACUACCGUAUUAGAGAGGGAUCUUUUGAGCAAGAUGAACUCUAUUUACAAUGUCACAAGAAAUCACUUCUCAAUUUUAUGCAGAGACUUGGAUUACUGGCUGCUGGUGGAGAAUCCCACUAUGUCCCGUGCAUGAAUCGUAAGAAAAUAGAAAAAGAAUUUCUGAACCUCAUCAAAGAAUCGAAGAGUAAAUCAUCUGUCCUUAUUUAUCAGUUUGAGUUUCUGCCAUUUUUCUUGUUUUUUCGGCUUGUUGUUGCUUGUAUCCAAGAAAAUGGUUGGAAUGUCCCACAAAAUCAAGGAACAUCUUGCCUCUACAAAAAUGCUGCCUUGUUUUCCUAUAUGGAAUACAACAUUCUUUUAUCCGUCACAGAGGAAUCUAUACAGCUUCAAGUAUUUUGCCCGAUAAAAGGACCUACUUUGGAAACAGAAAAAACAUGUUUAAUUCAAGGAAGAAUAGAAGAGCUUUUAAAUGAUUUAGCAGGAACAUUUCAUAGAAAAAUACAGUAUGAAAGAGGCUUUAGAUGUCGAAUGGACAAAAAAAGAACGAUUGCUAUUGAUAUUAAGGACCAUUUCCUACCUGCUAAAGACAUUCCAAAUAGAGUCCUUCAAAUGAUGUGUCCUUUGCAUUCGAUUAAAAAACGGCAUAUCAUUGAUACAACUGAACUAACCAGAUAUUGGAAAUUGUAGAGAAAGACAUCAUGAUCACCCAAUAGUAACGAUUUGAAAGAAUUCCAAACGUUGCAUUUUCUAAUACUUCAGAAAAUUAUAUUCAUCGUAUACAUGUUUUCCCUUUUUGUCUAAGGUUCGAAAAACUUUUUAAAUGCUUUUAUAUUUGAAUAUCUUGCAUUUUUUGCUCAGUCAACGGCUUAGAAUGUGCAUUUUUAUUUAUACUGGUAUUCAGUGUUUUGGUAUAUCAUUAGCAAUUUAAUCUCAAAUUACUCUUCACUAAGAAUCUGUACACAUACAUGAACUGUGCCUUGUAUAUUUUAAGUCUUUUAGAUUAACGCAAUAUGCUUACAGAUAUAUGCUGGAAUUAUUUGUUAUUCUUACUUACCAUACUAUUGAAAAGAGGAUACUUCCUAUAUGCUAAAAUCUACAUAUGUAUACAAUGUGUGAACUCGGUAAUGAUAAAAGUGAUAUGUACCAAUAAACGAGGAAUUUUUAGAAAUAGACAACGAAUGAUUGCAGCAGAGUUAAUGCUCAUUUCUCUAAUAAUACGCAACGAACCUGUGUAGAAAGGGUCGUGUCUUUAAUCUAAAUAUGCAGAUUUCAUUUGCAGUGGUUAGAGCUUCUGAUCUCUAGAG